CUCUAACUAUACCCACAAGCGGCCAUUUCCGCUUUACUGAGCUGGUGGAAGCUGCCUUACUGGGCUGGUGGAAGGCGCACAAGUCAUAAAGAUGGACCGGGUGGAAUACCCCACAAGGCUGGCGCAAGCCUUAAAGAGGCAACUUUUUGAACUAAUCCGCCUAAUAAAGGCAGGGGCAGCCAUUGCAGCCACGAGACUGAGAUCUUUCUGGCAGAGGGUCAGGAAAACGGUGAUGGCCCUGUUCAGGCAGCAAAAGAUGGACCGGGUGGAAUACCCCACAAGGCUGGCGCAAGCCUUGAAGAGGCAACUUUUUGAACUAAUCCGCCUAAUAAAGGCAGGGGCAGCCAUUGCAGCCACGAGACUGAGAUCUUUCUGGCAGAGGGUCAGGAAAACGGUGAUGGCCCUGUUCAGGCAGCAAAAGAUGGACUGGGUGGAAUACCCCACAAGGCUGGCGCAAGCCUUGAAGAGGCAACUUUUUGAACUAAUCCGCCUAAUAAAGGCAGGGGCAGCCAUUGCAGCCACGAGACUGAGAUCUUUCUGGCAGAGGGUCAGGAAAACGGUGAUGGCCCUGUUCAGGCAGCAGAUAGAUCCCCCGCUGCCAGAUUAUGGCUGGUAUUGUGUCCUGCCGCCCAUGGUGUUCCUAUUCCUGUGUUAGGAAUGGGCUUCGGCCGGGGUAUAGCCAUUAAUGCUGGUGUGGAGGAACAUCUGUCACGUGUAACAUCUAUAAGGUAACUGCUGCCACAGUAGGUGUCCUAUGGGGGGAUCAGUAUAAUGGGGAGCGGGUGGUGUCAGUAAGUUGUUACGAUGAUCCUUAUGGUCUAGGAAAGACUGGAAACCUUGAUGUACAUUCUAAUAAUAAGUGCGACACUUAUUAUUUGUAUGUUCUUCAAUGCUUCCAGGAUCAUCACAGGGUGACAGCUGGUAACAACAAAGACUAUGGAAUUGAUGUCAUGCAUGGGAUCAUGGCAUGGGUGCCAUGAUUCAAUGCAUUACAUCAAUUCCAUAGUCCCACCAAGAGACUCAGACCGGACCCCUACUCAUACCACCAGGCAGCAGUUACCUUACUGACCCACACCAGCAGACAGGCUAUACCCCGUCCCGGAACAUCAAUAACAUCAGCCACCAUGCGUUGCCUUGAGAUAGACAGUACGUAACAACAUCUUCUCAUAUGCCAGUGCCUGCUGUCUCUGAUAUAAUGCUGAGUGAUUAGUGAUGUAUGCACUGGCCGCAGAUGACACACUGAAUGGGGAUCUCAGACAUCUACGCAUGCCGACGCACACCGUCUCAAGUUAAUGCAGGAUGCUUACUGAGCUUAGAACUGUGUAUUGGCGAGUCACAACAAAUGAGAAUGCCGUUCUAACAAUAUCAAGUGAUUAUACGUACCAACUAUAAUAACAUCAAUAAAAUACAUCACUAUAAAUACA